CGGAACGCAAUAAGCUCCAUAGCAUUCUGCACAGGCUGGCUGCGGAAUCAAUACAACGAUGGGAAUUCUUCGUGCUUUUCUGCUGGUGACUUUCCUGUGUGUGGCUUCGGGAUACCCUCGGCCCGGGGGAGGAAGGGGGUAUGGUGCCUCGUACAGCUACCCCGUCAGUCGUCCGGUCGUGACGACGGUGGUCCGGCCAGUCGUUACGGUGAGGAAGGUCGUAUCCCCCGCGGGAGGCAGCGGGGGGCACCAGGGGGGAGGGGGAUAUUCCUCCGGUGGAUUCGGCGGAAGUGGAUUUUCGUCAGGUGGAGGACACGGAGGUGGAUUCGGCGGAGGUGGAUUUUCGUCGGGUGGAGGACACGGAGGUGGAUUCGGCGGGAGUGGAUUUUCGUCGGGUGGAAGUGGAUACUCUUCGGGUGGAUACGGCGGAAACGGCGGUGGAUUUUCGUCAGGAGGUGGACACGGCGGUGGAUUUGCUUUGGGUGGAGGUUUCAGUGGAAGCGGCUUCGUCUCAGGUGGAUUCGGGAGCAGUGGAGGAGGUGGAGGAGGUUACGGCCACAACAGCUGGUAAAGAAUAGGGAAAGAAAGAUAAAGAGCGAGAAAGCGAGAAAGAAAGAAUAGAGAAAGAAAGAUAAAGAGCGAGAAAGCUAGAAAGAACGCGAAAGAAAAAUAAAGAGCGAGAAAGAGCGCGACAGAAAGAG